AAUAGUUGGAAAACUUUUGAGAGAAUUAGGAGAAGCAACAACCUCGAAGCUAGUUCAAACUAGUGGUAGGUUGUCUGCAGAAAAGAAGACAGGAAAAAGAAAGAAAAAAAAGGAGCUGCUGCUACCAUAAUCAAAAGAAGAAAUCAAUGGCUCGUGGAAAGGUUCAGCUGAAGCGGAUCGAGAAUCCAGUGCACAGGCAGGUUACCUUCUGCAAGCGCCGAGCAGGACUUCUUAAGAAGGCCAAGGAGCUUUCUGUCCUGUGUGAUGCUGAAAUUGGAGUUAUCAUUUUCUCCUCCCAUGGAAAGCUCUAUGAGCUAGCCACCAAAGGAACCAUGCAAGGGCUAACUGAGAGGUACAUGAAGUCUACCAGAGAGGUUCAGCCUGAACCAGCCAUUCAUGAAGCGCAACCCGGCCUGGAUGCAAAAGAGGAAAUUAACAUGCUGAAACAAGAGAUCGACAUACUUCAAAAAGGUCUCAGGUAUAUGUUUGGAGGUGGAGCUGGGACAAUGACGUUGGAUGAAUUAGAUGUGCUUGAAAAGCAUCUUGAAGUUUGGAUUUGUAACAUACGGUCAACAAAGAUGAACAUUAUGUUUCAAGAAAUUCAACUUUUGAGGAAUAAGGAAGGAAUGCUGAAAGCUGUGAAUCAGUUUCUUCAAGAUAAGAUAGAUCAAGAUCAUCAUCAGAACAGUACUACAGCAAUAGCUGACUUUGCACCAAUUACCACUAAUUUUCCAUACCCACUAACCAUACAGAAUGAGAUAUUGAAAUUCUAGGAUUAUUGUCAUCAUGAUCAUGUCGAUCGUGAUCUAAGAAUAAGUGUUUACUAGUGUUUUUAAUUAAUUAAGGUCACGUACUGUUCUGUUCUCAUAUAAGCCAAUACUGUAGCUUAUCAUGUAUAGUAUAAAUUAAGUUAUUUCCGAUGGACAGACGACGUACGUUGUUGUCUGAUCAUGGAUCGGGAUGGGUUGCUAUCCUAGCUAGUAGCUCAUGUACUAGUACUCUUAGUACCUUAGCAGCUUGGUUUGUAAGUAUAAUGUUGACGUAUUGUGGUCUCGUUUGCUAUCAAUAAUUCAAUAAUGCUUGUAUA